AUGUCGUACUUUUUCUUCUUCUGCAACAUAAUUCCUGGACUUCUCUCUGCUUCUAUGCGAAUUCUAAAGGGCAUGCUUUUAGGAGUGAUUUUCAUCUCUCGUAUAGAUCGAACAUCACUGGUGCAGGGUUUCCAGGCUUGGGACAAAGGUACGUAGCACGCACCCAGUACAAGCAAUUUAUAAGUGGCAGAGGCUAUGUGAAGUGAGAUAUACAACAUUCAGACCUAUUCUGCUGCCAAGUUGCUAACUAUUUCCUAAGACAGCUUUUAACCAAUUAAUUAAUGUCUUUAAGACUUCAGUGACGAAAGGAAGGUCGAGCAGAAAUUCUUUAGUGACAAGAUCCAACAAAUUGCCCAGAACGCAGCAAACGGUAGUGGCUUCGUAGCGAUUCGUAAUAGAUUCACGUCUAAUUGUUCGAGAGCGUUGCACGAGAUUUACAGAGUUCUCAUUAUGCUAACUAGAGCAUAACCUAUGGGAUCCUUGACAACCUUUCUUAAUUUUCUUUCUAGCUUUUGUCGCAUACCUUGGUUUUGUGACUGUGCUGGUUGCCCACAGACAACCCGUGAUGCUGGUGUUCUGUCAGUUGCUUAUUGACAGACAAAAAGAUCAUCAGCUCCUGGAAGAGUGUAAGUAA